UGCAGACAAGAGCAGACAUGUCGAAGAUCUGUUGAUGACGAUCACUCCGCAUUCACAUGCGACAACAUGGAUGCGUUCCUGCAGACAUCGGCCCCAUGUAAAAGUCCGAAGUAGAUAUAUAGUCAAAGAAAUGGACAGAAGUACUUGACCAUCAGCCCUUGUCUUGUUCAAAGAAAUCCUGUCAACUCACACUCCAGGCCCCAUACUACACGCAACCACGAACAAUCGCAAAAUUACAGCAACCAUGGCCGCCAUCGCAUCAACACUCACCAGCAACCCUUGGUUCUUCGAGCCUCUCCAGAUCUUUGCGACCCUGGGUGCCGCCAUAAACUUCGGUGGUUCAGUGCUGCAAUCGCCUCUGAUCAUGCCCACCGUGACCGACCACGUCGUUGGCGUACCAAUCUAUUACACCGCCCAACAAACCGCCUACCUCCUCCACAACAGCGAGCACUUCUUCCCUCCUCUCAACGCCCUCUGCUCGCUCUCAAACCUCAUCCUCACCAGCACUGCUUUCCUCCGCGCUCGCGAUGGCAAUCUCAUCGCUGAAGCCAAGUUCCCCAAGCUCGCUGCUGCUUUUGGAUUGAAUGUUGCAACUACGGCUUGGGCAUUGUUGAUCCAGGUGCCGAUGAACAAGAGGAUGUCUAGAUUGGCUGAGAUCCUCAAGGAGGGUGUUGCCAAUGGUACGGAGAAGGAUAGCAGACAGAAGGCUGCGGAGAAGGAGUUCAGAGACUUGCAGUUGAGAUGGCGCAAGCUGAACUAUGGCCGUGCUGCCAUCAUGAUUGCCAGUGCUGUCGCUGGUGCUCUUGCAUUGGUCGCAAAGCCUUAGGAGAGCAAAUGAUGAUGUCUUUAGGUUUUCUGUCGUCCUUGUUUUGGUGUGGGGAGCCGGGAGUUCUUCUCUGGAGAUGGAAGACAAACGCAUAAAUAUUAAUGCAAAAUCGCACAAAGUUUGACCUCUUCCUUGCUUGCCGAACCUCGCUGGUUUCUCUCUCUUUCAUCACAACUCUUGGUCGUUUUGAGAGUGGUCCUUUGUGGUUUUAGACGAAGUAGUGUCUUGAUCUUUGCGUCUCAGUUUCCGUAGCACCCUCGAGCACCAGAAAACAUGAGCCUUCUUGCGUUUAUCCCAGGCUGCGAUCCAAGCAACAUCAGACUCGAAGUCGUCGGUCAUCUUCCGACAGUAUUGGGCGUCGUCGAAGUCGUAGUCAGUGAAAGGGACAGCCUUGUUCUUGCUGACUUUCCUAGCUUUGACCAACUUUCGACGGGCUCGCUCUGAAUGUAAAGACAGAGAGUCGUUACAUGGAUU